CUGCCCCGGGGCGGAGCAGGGGCCCGGCCCGGGAGGGCGGAGGCGGCGCGGUGCGGAGCUGGGGCGGGCCGGGGCGGGACGCGGCCCGGUCGCGACGCCAUGCCGUUCGUGGAACUGGAGACCAGCCUGCCGGCCGGCCGGCUGCCGCCGGGACUGGCCCAGGAGCUGUGCGCCGCCGCCGCCGACAUCUUGGGCAAACCGGCGGAGCGGGUGAACGUGACGGUGCGGUGCGGGAUGCCCAUGGUGCUGUCGGGCUCGGCCGAGCCCUGCGCCCAGCUGCUUGUCUCCUCCAUCGGCGUGGUGGGCUCGGCGGAGCAGAACCAGCGGCACAGCGCCCGCUUCUUCGACCUCCUGACGGCGAAGCUGGGCCUCGGCCCCGAGCGAAUUGUCAUCCGGUUUUACCCACUGGAGCCCUGGCAGAUUGGCAAGAACGGAACAGUCAUGACUUUCCUGUGAUCCCUCUAGCGGCCUGUUGGAACAAAGCAAUGAUGAAGACAACCCAGAGAUGACCAGCUCCAUCUAAUUGUUUCCUCUUAUGAUCAAAUCUGUGUAGCUCUGCACCUUCACCUGUAUGAUUCACUUUAGUGUUUGCAUCCUGUACACACAAAGCUCAAGAGUGGGCCGAUCACCUGUACUGAUUUGAACUAACAUAGUUCAAGGUCUUUGUCUCAAGCCUGUCUCAUAGCCCAAAGGCUCUCUCAGUCCCCGUGGCUAAGCCAUUGCAGUCUGGUGAUGGCCAUUUGUCAGCCUAGAAGAAACUCUCUUGUAGCACCAAAAAGUUUAAUUCCAGAACACAUUUGGCUUUAUUGAGGACCAGAGAGGUUCUUGGGUUCCUCCAGAUUUCAUCAUGCUUUGCAAGGCAGAAAGAUCUCCCUGUUUCUCUGUGGCAGCAGAAGGGUCACAGGCUAGCUAAGAUGACCUGGGAGUCAAAUUAUUCUCUUUUCAGGCUCCCCAAAAGCCCUUUAUAGAAAAAGAGGUGAUUAUUGGGAGGGGAGUUUAUGCAUUUAUAUCGCUGUUUAUUUAAGGCUCAUGUCAGAUCUUGUGCUCUGCUCUCCCUGGUGGCUGCUCCUGCAAGGUGUUAGUCGUCCACAAGAUUUUCACGGCUGAAUGUUUGUGUGCCGACAGCAGAGUGUAGAGGAAGGAGUCACUUGUGAAGAAUUGCACUGUGCCACAGGAAAAUAUUUUGAAGGUUCUGCUACUGCCAGCUAUAAUUCCUGUCAUUCACCCAGUUGUUCAAAAUACUUUUUCUCACCCCACUGUUACAGGGAGUUUUGGGGUGAUACAGCAUCUCACUGUGUUCUGUGGAUGGUGUUUUCAGCUCACUGUUCUUCUGGGGAAGUGUUUUGGUUUUUUACGACCCGUAUACUCCCUCACUUUAUAACUGGAAUACAUAUGGCAUUUUAUUAAAACAAAAGCAGCGUACUCUUCAGGUAUAAUGUUAUCUCUGUCUUCCAGUGAUAAUGAAAAUAUUUAUCAGAUUCCUUUCCAUUUUGUGACUUGGUCGGGUCACAGGCAGGGAGUUCAGAGGAGGUGAGAGCAUGCCCUUGCAGCAUGACGGUCUGUGGGAACACGAGGCUGGAGGGUGCUUCUGCACUCCUUUGUCAUUCUCAUUGGAGUUACAUUUGUUUAUGACUUGAGGUCUCAAGAGAGUUGAAAAUAUUCCUUCUAAUUACCAUGUGAAGUUAGUUGUUCCCUAUGCAGCAUAAACAACUUACAUGUUUGCAAAACCUGUCUGGGCUAUAAUACCAAACACAAGUUUGUGUAUCAGGCUAGGAGGGCUACAUCUUAUCUAGUUAAUAAAAUGUAUCAAAGCCUCUA